AUGGUCAUCAACUACCUUUGCAUGUCCCUCGGCGCUUCAAAGAUGACCGCCUUCUACACCCGAGCAUUGGCCUUCGAAAAACACAUCGGAAUGGCCUCGUGGUACCACACUGCUGCCAAGCGUUUCUUUUGGUCGGAUAUCUUGCGAGCCUGCCUCUGUAUUGUUAUCUGCACGGCGUCUAUCCUGACUCUUCCCAAACAACCUCCGUACAAGGCGUCGAGUUACGCUGGGAAAAGCCCCCUGACGGUGACUUACAUCUGGUUGAGGCUCCUGGCAACUGCCAUCCUUUACUUCGUCUAUGACAGUGCCUGCAUCGUCACCCUGAAGGCUUCAUGCGAAGUGCUGGCAGAGUACAUGAGAAACCAGCUACGCACGCUCAAAAUUUGCUUCAGCUUGAAAGAAACUCAGCCUUUGCUAUACGACGACAUCUCCAGGUGCGUAGAGACCGUGCAGGCUGAACGUGUUCACGAUAGGUCAACUGAAAGGCGAGGUCAACUGACAUCUGGCAGGUGGCCUUGAUAGUGUCGAGCUCCUGCGCCUUGCUCAUACCAUGCACCGGAGUCUACGACAUCUGCAAAGAUGGCGCGCUGAUGGAGCGGCACUACAGCGUCUUGCUUUUCGGCACUUGGACGUGGUAUGAAUUUGUGACGCUCACCUUGGCCAGCCAAUCCCUGGUAAACGCGGCUAAGGAAGUCAAGGAUUUCUGCAAAGGUCUUCGUCGUAUAGACGACGACUACUGCAGAAACGAAGUCGAGCAACUUCACGACUCAAUUGAUCCGGACGAUUUGUGUCUCAAAGGAGCCGACUUCUUCCAACUCAAGAUGUCGCUGCUUGUAUCUAUGGCAGCGUCAGUGAUUACGUACACCGUAAUCCUGGUGCAGACCAGUCAGAGCUUCAAGAAUUAACAGUUCAUAGUCAUCGACAACCUUCUUCGCAGCUACUUCGAAUAAAAAUACAGAGGACGUUUUUCGGAGGCACUCGUUGUUCUGGAGAAUGAGGCGAAGAAGGAACAUGUAUUUUGCUUACAGCUCUAUUGGUGGUUCCGGUUGUGUUCAAUUGCGUUGUCAGUACAGGUUCAAAUAAAUGA